CGCGUGGGCGCGUCGCGUCGUCUGGUAAUAUCAACAAUCAACAUUAUCCAUUACGAACAAAAUCUCUAACCUAUAUAAAACUCUUCCCACACGGCGCACAUUAGCAGUGACCACCGCCUUAAGCUAAGCUCAACUCUCAUGGCCUCCCCAAACCCUCUGGAUCUCGAGAUCACAAUAAUCUCUGCUAAACACCUCAAGAACGUCAAUUGGCGAAACGGCGAUCUCAAACCCUACGUCGUUUUCUACAUCGACUCGGACUACCGACUCGCCACCCACUCGGAUGACUCGGGCUCAACUCGCCCCGUCUGGAACCAGCGCUUCACUCUCCCCUUAACUCGACCCGUCCGCGAGUCCAUCCUCUCCCUCGAGAUCUUCCACUCCAAAGUCUCCGAAGCCCCCAAACCACUCGUCGGCUCGCUGAAGUUCCCUCUCGCUCACCUGCUCGAUUCGAACGAGUCGGCUGAGUCCUUUGUACGCAACCUCGAGCUUCUCCGCCCAUCUGGUCGUUCUCAGGGGAAAAUCCGUGUGAAACUCGCUAUCAAAGAACGGCCUCUACCGCCUCCGAGUCAGGAGUAUCAAAAUACCCCUGAUUAUAGCCCUUAUUACUAUUCUGCCCCUCCUCCGUUCCCGUCUCCUGCUCGGGAUUACAGUUACUACUCGGGAUAUUACUCUCCGCAGCCACCGCCACCGCCACCUCCGCGGCCAAUGUUCGGCAUAGCGUCGAGUUUCAGUUUCCCUAGCGGUAGUGUCCCGUCGGCUCCUGUUGAUUAUUCGACAUCGAACGAUCAGAGGCAGCCGCCGUUACCUCCUCGGUCGAUGUACGGGGUGCCAAUUGGCAGUGGGCCCUCGGCUCCCGUGGAUUACGCGCCUUACAAUCAGAAGCUACCAAAGCAGUUUGGAGGUUUGAGUUUAGAAGAAGAGGUUAACAAAAAGGAGAAGGAGAAAAGGGCUGAGAGUGAAAUGGCGCCAAGGGAAGGUUAUAGUUACAGUGAUUACCGCCAUGAUUAUUGAAGUAUGUUUAGUCGUUAAGGGUUAAAAUAUAUUCUGAAAAGUAAGAUUAAUAAAUUUAAGGUUGAGUGUUUAAGGUUGGUUUUGUGGCUUUGAUGAAUGAUGAAUAUACUUGUAUAUAUGAUUGACUUUCUUUUAUGAGUUAUUUCAUUUCCUCUUAAUCAUUAA